CCUUCCUCUCUGAAAUCAGUAAAAAAUAUAUAUAUCUUUAAAAGAUUGUAAACAGAUCAACUCUUUUAUUCCUGGGCUCCCAAAGAAAUGAAACUUAAAAUGAGAGGAUUCAAACCAGUCCUAAUCAAUCAAGCAGUAAGAUCAAGGCUUCCUGUCCUGUGCCUCGAAGAAGGAAUUGACAAUGAUUCCAAGGGAUUUAUUUGUUUUGAAGACAUUUAUUGAGCCAGGUCUACAAUGAAAUUUAUCCAGUAUGGACUUACUCUUAUCUGGUGCUGCUGUUUCCUGUGUUCCUUGCCACAGACUACCUCCGUUACAAACCCGUCAUUCUGCUGCAAGGGCUCAGCCUUAUCGUCACAUGGUUCAUGCUGCUCUAUGCCCAGGGACUGCUGGCCAUUCAGUUCUUGGAAUUCUUCUAUGGCAUCGCCACAGCCACUGAAAUCGCCUAUUACUCUUACAUCUACAGUGUAGUAGACCUGAGCAGGUACCAGAAAGUCACAAGUUACAGUCGAACUGCCACCUUGGUGGGCUUCACAGUGGGCUCUGUCCUAGGGCAAAUCCUCGUCUCAGUGGCAGGCUGGUCCCUGUUCAGCCUGAAUGUCAUCUCUCUUACCUGUGUUUCUGUGGCUUUUGCCGUGGCCUGGUUUCUGCCUAUGCCACAGAAGAGCCUUUUUUUCCACCAUGUUCAUUCUACCUGCAAGGGAGUGAAUGGUAUCAAGAUACAAAAUGGUGGUAUUGUGACUGACACCUCAGCUUCUAACCACCUUCCCGGGUGGGAGGAUGUUGAGUCAAAAAUCCCUCUAAAUGUGGAGGAGCCUCCCAUGGAGGAACCGGAGCCCCAGCCAGACCGGCUCCUUGUGCUGAAGGUACUGUGGAACGACUUCUUGAUGUGCUACUCCUCCCGCCCGCUGCUCUGCUGGUCCGUGUGGUGGGCCCUCUCCACCUGUGGCUAUUUUCAAGUGAUCAACUACACACAGGGCCUGUGGGAGCAGGUGAUGCCUUCUCGCAAUGCUGCUAUCUAUAACGGAGGCGUGGAGGCUGUUUCCACCUUACUGGGUGCUGUUGCCGUUUUUGCAGUUGGUUACAUAAAAAUAUCCUGGUCCACUUGGGGAGAAAUGACACUGUCGCUGUGUUCUCUCCUGAUUGCGGCCGCAGUGUACAUCAUGGACACCGUGGGUAACAUUUGGGUGUGCUACGCGUCCUAUGUUGUCUUCAGAAUCAUCUACAUGUUACUCAUCACUAUAGCAACUUUUCAGAUUGCAGCAAACCUCAGUAUGGAGCGCUAUGCCCUAGUGUUUGGUGUCAACACCUUCAUUGCUCUGGCCCUGCAGACGCUGCUCACACUCAUUGUAGUCGAUGCCAGUGGCCUUGGCUUAGAAAUCACCACUCAGUUCCUGAUCUACGCAGGUUAUUUUGCACUCAUCGCUGUGGUGUUCCUGGCUAAUGGUAUAGUCACUAUUAUGAAGAAAUAUACAAAGCAGGAAGAUCCAGAGUCAAGUUCUCAAGUAACCACUUCAUAAUAUACUACUGACAAGCUUCUUAUAGCAAGAACUCCGCACAGCCACAGUCCCUGGAUGUAUUUAAUUUUUUAAGGUGUAGAACAUAUAUUUAUGAAUGUGCAUUUCAUGGCUUCAAAGCAGCCAAUUGACUAUACCUGUGUUUCUAGCGUAACAUAAUCAUGUUCAGAGGAACAGAAGAAAAGUUUGUUUAUUUAAGGAUGACGUUUUUCUGAUUCAAAAGUGAACUUGAUUUUGAAAACCAAAUCAUCGUGAGCAGUCAAGCAGCACAUGGUGUUGUAUACUUGAUAGCAAGUGAGCUGGGUGUCUCAUAGGUCAAGUACUUCUACAGCUGAUUAGACAGAAGCUUGAGACCAGGGUCUCACAGGGGCCACCGAUGUUACAGGUCAAGAUAGGAAUAUGUUGUAACAGCACUGUCUCUGUACAACUUAAUUCAUAUUUUGUGUUACUCAUGUGCACUUGUGUUUCUACAGAUGAAAGUUGUCCUAUCACAGGCAAUAUUUGCUCUGGUUGGUGUCCUGUCCUAUGAGGAGUAUGUGUUAUUUCUAAUAAGUUAUGUUUAAGAUUUCAUUGUAUGAAUGUUCCCAUCUUGCGAAUUAUGUAUUUGUGUAGAUUUUUGUUUGAAAUAUAUGUUUGCAUUAUUCUAUGCUUCCCAGAGAAGCUCAUUUAGUUAGAAAAUAAGGCAAGUUUUGAAGCCUGCUAAUAAGCUGAGUGAAGAGACCUAAUCAGAAAAUGUAGGUAGAGUUCCUCGUCUUUUAUUCCUCAGUAGGAAGGACUGUUAAUUCCAUGAUGAAAAGUUAAAAUAUGGGCUAAAGAUACAACUAGUACGUUAAGCGCCCAGCCUGUUUUGUCUUCCGGGCAGAAAGUAUAGUGUCAGUCACCGGUGACUGACAUGGCGCUUAACGUUCUUGCCCACUCUGUGUUUGCAUUCCCUUUUAUUUCCAAAAUAAAAUGAAAAAUUAUUUUUUAAAAUAACUUCAUCUCCAUUUAUAACUUUUAUAUUUGUCCUUCUUUUCCAAGAUAAGGUUGUCAUUAGGAGUUGGAUUAUUCCAAGGCCUUUUUCACAAACUGAGCCUCUUUUCGAUGAUUUCAAUGGGACAGGAACCAGGAUAGGUACGAUUCCUGCACUUUGUACAUUAAUCUGCCUUUGCUCUAAAGGUGGGUCAUCUUUAAUAUUUGCUUAAAAUAACAACUGCUAGUGAUUCCAGUUCCAAGGUACUUGAAAAAAAUAUUCUGUAUACAUUUAUACAUUAACAAAUCAGCCUGCCUACCAAGUGGCUGCUGGAAUAUGUGAGACGUGAAGAGGACUUUAAAGCCAACUUCGUUGCCUUAUUUUGAAAAGAACCUUGGUAGCUGCUUUCAUCUGGGGGUGUUAAUAUUUUUCGAGUGACACAGCUAAACUGAAUAAUAGUGUCAAGAUUGCAAAAUUGACAGAUAUAUUUGGUUUAAUCAGGAACUCUAAAAGUAAAUGAAUAGAGUAAGAAUAGGUCAUUUUCCAUUCAACUUCUUUUUGGAUAUAGGGAAAGGAAAAGAACACUAGCUAUGGAAGGGAAGAGGACAUGAUGUCGUAAAGUAACAGCCUGUAAUUUUAUAUUUUAUCUUUUAUUUUGCUAUAUAGGGAAUUGUUUACUCAGAAACAAAUCGAAGAGUGGUACAAUAAAAUGGACUGUUGUAUAAUCAAAGUGUUCAUGUUACCAAAGCAUUAUCUCCCUGGAAUAUAAUUUGAAGUCUGUGGCACACACCUGGAGCCUUUACUUAUUAAGACAGUAAUAGGUGCACGUCUUGGUGGGUGGCCAUGUUUGCAGAUGCUGAACACUAUUUGCAAGUUGUACUGUAUGCAGUUUUGCAAAGUGGAAAUAAUUUGUUGUACUUUUUAUUCAAUUCUGUAUAGCUUAUAAAAUUAUUUUUAUUAAAUAAAUAUUUUACAGUAUA